AUGAGGCUGCUCAAUGUGAGAACUUACCGGCUAAAGGAGUACUUCGAUAGUGAAAUCCCCGAUUAUGCGAUCCUGUCUCAUACAUGGGGGAGGGAUGAAGUGACUUUCCAGGAUAUCCAAGCAUUUGCGCGGUCUGGGUACCAGAAUCAAGUCCCAGACAAGGAAGGAUUUCGCAAGAUCAGGUAUGCUUGCCAACAGGCCGCCAGGGACAAUCUGGAGUAUGUCUGGGUCGAUACCUGCUGUAUCGACAGAAGCAGCAGUGUCGAGCUUCUGGAAGCGAUCAACUCCAUGUACCAGUGGUACCUGCGGUCGAGCAAAUGCUACGUUUACUUGACUGAUGUCCCCAGAGAUCACCCAGAGGUCCUACCAGAUGAGAAAGUCAGGAAGGUCAGCCUUGGCGGCAGGUCUAUUGUAUCUGUCAAAGGGCGCAGCCCAAGUCACCCCGAAGCGGUAAUGGAUAGCCCCUUUGCACGAUGUCGCUGGUUUACACGGGGAUGGACAUUGCAAGAGUUGAUUGCGCCUAAUGACCUGACCUUUUACGGAUCCGGCUGGAACUUUCUUGGUACCAAGGCAUCACUGGUAUCUCUGAUUUUUGUCAUUACUGGGAUAGAUCAACAAGUUCUACAGGACUCUACAGACACCAAGGAGUCCCUACGAUCGAUUUGCAUCUCACAGAAAAUGUCAUGGGCUGCUACGAGGCGAACCUCCAGGAUAGAGGAUGCAGCAUACUGUCUUCUCGGCCUUUUUGACGUCCAUAUGCCUGUUCUAUACGGUGAAGGCAGGGCGGCGUUUAUCAGGCUCCAAGAAGAGAUCAUGAGGACAUCAGACGAUCAAACGCUGUUUGCAUGGACCUAUUGUGACAUUGAACGCGAACGGCCAUAUACAAUAUUGGCUCCCUCUUCAUCUUGCUUUCUCAAAAACGUUGUCCAGUGGUCACGCCCCCGAAGCACCGGACCCUAUGUAAUGACCAACCGAGGUCUCCACAUUCCACUCCCUGUCAUACAACAACCCGGACACCGGAAGGCUUGCUUCGCCCUCUUGGAUUGCCACUACGAGGAUGAUGUCACGGGAAUACUGGCCCUUCCUCUGGCACCAAGAUCGGACGGGACCUAUGAACUUGAUCAUGACAGUUCACGCGGACGACUAGUGCGAGUUGAUUUGGGAAUGGAGACAAGCGCCAGACCUCGUGAUCUUUAUAUCAGGCUACAGCCCAGUGUUCCUGAUCCACGCACAGGUCUUACAUGCCGAUUCAAUCUCGAUGGAGGCGAAUCAGCAGCUCCACCUUUCAGCGUCAAGGAAUUCUAUCCCUCCCGGGUUUGGGAUCCGGAAACCCGCACCUUGCGACUUACCAGCAAGGACUCGUCCUCUUUUGAGACAUGGGCCGCUGUGAAGUUCGAGGACCCAUCUGGCAAAGCUAUUGGCGUAGUGUUUCACGUAUCACCAAGACAACUCGAAAGUGCCUCAUUCGAUGUGCAUAGCUGGGUCUACAUGCAAAGGAUGGAAAAGGAUGCCAGCCUUGCGCCAAUAGUGGAUCAAGUCAUCCGAGGCUGUUCCUCGGGUUCGGCCUAUGAAUACGGAGGUCACGAGUCUUAUACCCUUGCUUUCAGUCGACGGUAUAACAUGGUUGCCACCAAUACAUAUCUCAAUGGUCCGGACCCGGAGAUACAUGUCAAUGUGACCGUCAUGGACCGGCAUGCGAAAUGCAGUAUGCGACGCUUCUUUGACGCAAAGCCAAAACCAACAAAGACUUUGGAGGGACCGGUCAAAGAGAAAAAUGCUUAA